ACAUGCUGUAUCAGCCUGACAUACAAAAGUGCCAAGGAAACGUCGCAGGAUUCGUACGCUGCGAUGUGGUGUUACCUGGUGAAACAUGAUGGUGUGCGUUACCUUGCUGGAAGGAUGUCAGACUGGAACAUGGAAUAUCAUUUGCCUGGGGCCCGUUCCAGCCAUACAGCCCUUACCUAACGCAAACAGCUCGCCUGGUGUUUGUUUGCCUUUGAUCAAGUGGCUGCUGAGGAGGAGAUGCUUUGUGGAGCUGUGGGGUGGAGCGGCAGAUCCCUGCUGCUCUAGUCAGCCUUGCGCUGGGACCACUCCCUGUCGUCGCUCCAAGCUGCUUGCUGCAGGCCAAAAGGGCUUCUCCAGGCUCCUGCUCCAGUGCUGACUCCUCGGGCACCCCAGGAAGGGAGCUGCCCUCUCCGAUGGGGAGAGGAGGGGAGCGGGAGAAGUGGACUGAUGCUCAAGAAUGAAGCAGCUGUCUGCAAGAAGGGCAAGUAGGUUUGGAAGCUCUGGCCAUGGAUCAGAAAGGCUAUCGACGGGGGAGUUUCCAGAGCAGCACUAGUGAUGAAGAUAUGCUGGAAAUAGCAGGAGCCUCUCUGGACUUCUCCAUGGCAGACGAUGACCCACCACUCGACAGGGAGAUGGGAGCAGGAUUUUCCUCAUAUAAUGGAGGAGGGAUGAAUGGCACAAGCACAAUGAUGGAUUUCCUGGAGGAACCUCUUCCUGGUGUGGGCACCUAUGAAGAUUUUAACACUAUAGAUUGGGUGCGAGAGAAGUCCAGGGACCGGGACAGGCACAGAGAGAUCACCAGUAGAAGUAAAGAGUCCACCUGGGCACUGAUACACAGCGUGAGCGAUGCCUUUUCUGGCUGGUUGUUGAUGCUUCUCAUUGGGUUGUUGGCAGGUUCCUUAGCGGGUCUGAUAGACAUUUCUGCCCACUGGAUGACAGAUUUGAAAGAAGGAGUGUGUUUAGCAGGCUUCUGGUUUAACCACGAGCACUGCUGCUGGAAAUCAAACACAACCUUUACAGACAGAGACAAGUGUCCUGAGUGGAAGAGCUGGUCCCAACUGAUCCUUGGCCAUGGAGAGGGGGCUUUUGCAUAUAUUCUCAACUACUUCAUGUACGUUAUCUGGGCGUUGUUAUUCUCCCUUCUUGCUGUGUUACUUGUGAAGGGGUUUGCUCCUUAUGCCUGUGGCUCAGGGAUCCCAGAGAUCAAAACUAUCUUAAGUGGUUUCAUCAUUAGAGGCUACCUGGGCAAGUGGACGCUGAUCAUCAAAACCAUCACCUUAGUGUUGGCGGUGUCCUCUGGGCUGAGCCUGGGCAAAGAGGGGCCCUUGGUGCACGUUGCCUGCUGCUGUGGAAACAUCUUGUGUCAUCUCUUCACCAAAUACAGGAAGAAUGAAGCGAAGCGCAGAGAGGUUUUAUCAGCAGCUGCAGCUGCUGGUGUGUCUGUAGCUUUUGGUGCACCGAUCGGAGGAGUGCUCUUUAGCCUGGAAGAGGUCAGUUACUACUUUCCUCUCAAGACGCUGUGGCGCUCCUUCUUUGCUGCUCUGGUUGCUGCGUUUACGCUGCGCUCCAUCAACCCUUUUGGGAACAGUCGCCUGGUUCUCUUCUAUGUGGAGUUUCACAUGCCAUGGCAUCUCCUAGAGCUUGUGCCCUUCAUUCUUUUGGGAAUAUUUGGUGGGCUUUGGGGAGCUUUCUUCAUUCGCAGCAACAUUGCCUGGUGCAGGCGACGCAAGAUGACCAAGCUUGGUAAAUACCCUGUGCUGGAGGUCUUUGUGGUGACUGCGAUCACAGCCAUUCUGGCCUUCCCCAAUGAGUACACCAGAAUGAGCACCAGCGAGCUAAUUUCUGAGCUCUUCAAUGACUGUGGGAUUUUGGACUCAUCCAAGCUCUGCGAGUAUGUGAAUGAUUUCAACAGCACCAAAGGGGAUGACCUGCCAGACCGAGCUGCUGGCCCAGGAGUUUACACUGCCAUGUGGCAGCUGGCUUUGGCCCUUAUAAUGAAAGUCUUCAUCACGAUCUUCACCUUUGGCAUGAAGGUGCCUUCAGGUCUCUUCAUCCCCAGCAUGGCGGUGGGUGCUAUAGCAGGCAGGUUGCUCGGCGUAGCGGUGGAGCAGCUGGCCUAUUACCACCACGACUGGGCCAUCUUCAGCGGCUGGUGCAGUCAAGGAGCUGAUUGCAUCACUCCUGGCCUCUAUGCGAUGGUUGGGGCUGCAGCGUGUCUAGGUGGCGUUACCCGAAUGACUGUGUCACUAGUGGUCAUUAUGUUUGAGCUCACUGGUGGACUGGAAUACAUUGUUCCUCUGAUGGCAGCAGCCAUGACCAGCAAGUGGGUGGCUGAUGCCAUUGGGCGGGAAGGGAUUUAUGAUGCCCACAUUCGCCUCAAUGGAUACCCAUUCUUGGAAGCCAAGGAGGAGUUCUCACACAAGACACUUGCAAUGGAUGUAAUGAGGCCACGGAGGAACGAUCCUCCUCUGACUGUCAUUACUCAGGACAGCAUGACCGUAGAAGACGUCGAGACCAUCAUCAAUGAAACCACAUACAGUGGCUAUCCGGUGGUGGUGUCACGGGAGUCCCAAAGGCUUGUUGGAUUUGUCCUCAGGAGAGACCUCAUCAUUUCAAUUGAAAAUGCCCGGAAGAAGCAGGAUGGGAUUGUGAGCACUUCCAUUAUUUAUUUCACUGACCACUCUCCUCCACUGCCUCCAAGUUCCCCCUCUAUGCUGAAACUCAGGAGCAUCCUGGACCUCAGUCCUUUCACAGUGACGGACCAAACACCUAUGGAAAUCGUCGUGGAUAUAUUCCGCAAGCUGGGAUUGCGCCAGUGCCUGGUUACUCACAACGGGAAGCUACUUGGAAUCAUCACCAAAAAGGAUGUAUUAAAGCACAUUGCACAGCUGGCUAACCAGGACCCAGACUCUAUACUCUUCAAUUAAAGGCAGACUAGUAGGUAUUGUGUGUUCAACACAAAAGAAACUUUAUUAUAGAUGAUCCUGGAUAUACUUUCCUAUUUUUAUUGAGACCAUGGAACUGUUUUCAGCGUUUUCUUCCAUGGAGCUGAAGAUAAUUUUUUUCUACCAGAUAACCAAUUGCACUACAUAAUCUGUGGAACAUAAUCUUCUUUUUAGAAGAAAAAAAAAGACUAUAUUUACGUUGCUUUUGUGAAGUUGCGUUGGAAAGAUUCCAUGAAGGAGUAAAAGCAAAAUGCUAUAGAAUUAUAUCUCCUCUUCUUAUUUUAUUUGAACUCUUGUUACUAACAUGUGGAGGAAAAGACAAGGUCUAUACCUUCAGAAAUUUUGAAGGAGGAUGAUUUUUGCACACAGCAUUCAGGUGGUGGCAGAAAGAUGUGGCUGUAACUCAGGGGUGAUGUAUUCCCAAUUAGCCACUUGGUGAAGAUAAGAACCUUGUAAAGUCAAAAUAGAGGAGCAU